AUGUCCGGACAACAGCAAUUGCCGAGUCCUUUAAUAUUCGAUAACCAAAUAUUUGAUUUAGCAUUUCACCCUUCACAAAAUAUUAUUGCUACUGGUUCAAUUACUGGACAAGUUUUUUGUCAUCGAUAUGAUAUUGAAUUUAAUCAAAAUAUUUUAUCAGUUCGUCCACAUAGAAAAUCAUGUCGUGGAUUAGAAUUUAGUCAUGAUGGAUCAGCUUUAUUUAGUGUUUCAAAAGAUAGAUCAAUACAAGUGAUUGAUUUAGAGACAAGUGCAAUUUUGGUAAAUAAAUCUAAAGCACAUGAAAAACCAAUUAAUUGUGUAUCACUAUUAAAUGAAAAUAUAUUAGCCACUGGUGAUGAUGAAGGUUACAUAAAGAUAUGGGAUACACGAACGGGAAAUGAAUUAAUGGAAUAUUCUGAUCAUCAAGAUUUUAUAUCAAAUUUUGCAUUUCGUACUGAUACUAAAACUCUAAUUACUACUAGUGGAGAUGGUACAUUGGCUGUAUAUGAUAUACGAAGACCAAAUUUGGUUGCCAUUUCAGAUAAUCAAGAUGACGAAUUAUUAUCUGUUGCUAUAAUAAAGAAUGAUAGAAAAGUAGUAGUUGGAACUCAAAAUGGAGUAAUUAAUUUAUUUUCAUGGAAUGAAUGGAGUGAUUGUAAUGAUCGAUUUAUUGGUCAUCCCAGUUCAAUUGAUACAAUUGUUAAAAUUAAUGAAGAUUUAAUAUGUACUGGAUCAAGUGACGGAAUAAUAAGUGAGGAUUUAGCAAACAUGUCAACUUCAGUAAUUUCAACCUUAAAUCAGUCGGGUGAAACUUCAACAAUAACAGCACCUAGUAAUAAUAACAAUCGUACAGCGGAAUGGGACGUAAAGAUGGAAAUAGAAUUCUUUCGUUCCGUAAUGAAACAUAGACCAGUUGGAAUUCAUCGUCAUUUUCAUAUGGUGAAUGUUUAUCGAGACUUUAACGCAAAUAGUAAAGUAAAAUGUACGAUACCAGAAUUAUGGGAAAGAUUUGGGUCAUACUUUAAUUUAGCCAAACUUGAGGAAUUGGAUCGAGAAUUUGAUGAAGAAGCGGAUGAAGAUAGUGCGUAUGUAGAAUUUAGUUUACCAAUGGAUGAAUAUGAAUAUUAUAAUCUUAUAGAACAAAAUCGAGGAGGACGUACUAAAGAACCUUCACGUUCUCCAUCAAAUUCUUCUCUUGAAUCUUCACCGGAAUUAGAAGAUAAUACACCCAAUAAGAAAAGAAGAACGCGUACUACUACAAGAAAAUCGGAUGUAGUAGAAUUUAAUUCAGCAACGACAUCAACAACCACCACCAAACGUGGAGGUAGAUCAAGAAAAGCGUCUGAUGCAGUUGCGACGUCAAGUGGAACUUCAAAACGUGGUGGUCGUAAAAAGAAACAAUAA